AUGGCCAACACUUCCGGGACGAUGGUCCCCAAAGACGCCAAAGAUGAGCUCGCCACAUCCAAGUUCAAUGAGAGCCACGAUGAGGCUCAGGUUAUACAAGGCCAGCCAAGGAAUUCAGCCAACUUGAAGCGCAAGCUCAAGAGUAGACAUCUCCAGAUGAUUGCAAUCGGUGGUACAAUUGGGACUGGUCUAUUCAUCUCUAGCGGAGAAGCACUAGCGCAUGCUGGCCCAAUCGGCGCACUCAUUGCAUACAUUUUCAUCGGAACUAUCGUCUUUUCGGUCAUGACGUCUCUCGGCGAAGUUGCCACUUACAUUCCAAUCCCCGGAGCUUUCACAUCGUACGCCACUCGACUGAUUGAUCCUAGUCUUGGCUUUGCGAUGGGAUGGAUCUACUGGUUCUCCUGGGCGAUUACAUUCGCUCUUGAGUUGACUGCCACUGGUCUUAUCAUUCAAUAUUGGGAUCCGUCCGUCAAUGUCGCUAUCUUCAUUGGAGUGUUCUGGGUCGUCAUGACUCUUCUCAAUCUACUCCCUGUUAACUUCUAUGGCGAACUAGAGUUUUGGUUCUCUAGCAUCAAAGUCGUUACAAUUAUCGGUUUCAUCAUCUUCGCGAUCUGCAUCGAUGCCGGUGCUGGACAACAAGGAUACCUCGGAUUCCAUAACUGGGUCCACCCAGGGCCAUUUGUCGAUUAUCUUGUGACACCAGGACCAACUGCUAAAUUUGUGGGCUUUUGGGCUGUUCUGAUUCAGGCUGGUUUCUCCUGCCAGGGUACCGAAUUAGUUGGUCUCGCCGCUGGUGAAAGUGAAAACCCUCGUCAAACCGUGCCAAAAGCGAUUCGAGCAACUUUCUUCCGAAUCCUUCUGUUUUAUGUGUUCUCAGUGUUCUUCAUCGGUCUCUUGGUACCAUCUGAUAACCCCGAUCUUUUGUCGGGUGCUUCCAAUGCAGCGGGAUCGCCAUUUGUGAUUGCGGCAGGACUAGCGGGAGUCAGAGUCCUACCCAGUAUUAUCAAUGCGGUUCUACUCACGGUGGUACUAUCAGCCGCAAAUGCAAACAUCUACAGUGGCAGCCGCAUGCUGAUUGGCUUGUCCCAGGAUGGCUUUGCUCCAGCCUUUCUGGCGAAGACUACAAAGGGCGGAGUUCCUUAUUAUGGAGUUCUACUAACCGCAGCCUUCGGUCUUCUUGGAUUUAUGAACGUCUCCACUUCGGGAAGCACUGUUUUCAACUGGCUGUUGAAUAUCACUACGGUUGCGGGCUUCAUUCUGUGGGCGUCACUUAACGCUUGCCACAUUGCGUUUAUGCGAGCUUUGAAGGCACGAAGAAUCUCGCGUGAUCUUCUUCCGUACAAGUCCCCAUUCCAACCUUUCCUGUCUUACUAUGGAUUGUUCUUUAACAUUCUUAUCAUGCUGACGCAAGGGUUUACUUCGUGGAUUCCUUCGUUCAGCGUUGAGAACUUCUUCGUCGCCUAUGUCAGCCUGAUUCUCUUUGCUGUGUUAUACAUUGGUCAUAAAUUGGUGUACCGGGAUCCUUUUGUGUCCCCUCUGCAGGCCGACCUUGACACGGGCCGACUUGAGGUUGAGGAUGAACAUUGGGAGGUUGCAGUUCCUACCACGUGGUAUGGUAAACUUUGGCAUUUGAUUAAUGGCUAG